AUGGAGUCUGGAAAUAAGAAGCUCCAUAUUGCAAGCUUGGGAAGCUCAUUUGCCGCUGGACCCGGCAUCCUUCCCCAAAUCGGACCACAUGCUGCCAUGCGGUCAGGGCAGAAUUACGCUCAUCUCUUAGCGCAGCAGCUGAACGCCGAGCUCACCGACCUUUCUGUUUCUGGCGCAACCCUUCUCAACAUCACAGUGGAUCAACAAACUGCCCCGUUAUCUAAACAAACCUUCCCGACCCAACUCUCCAAUCUGCCCGAAGAUGUGGAUUUUAUAACCGUUACCGCCGGUGGAAACGACAUCAACUACAUCGGUGGCAUGCUUUACGACGCCUGGGCUGCAACUAUACCGGGCGCAAUUACAAGUGCCCUCAUCGGAGGUUUAAGGGCCUUGAGAUCAGCUGUUUCUUCUCAGUCAUCAGUACAAACGUCUGACCCGUUGUCUCCAAGUGAAUUAGCUGAAAGACUAGGAGAAGUUCUCGAUGAAAUACACAAACGAGCCCCCAAAGCUCGCAUUUUUCUUGUCGAAUACCUCGCUGUCCUUGGACCUGACACACGCCCUAGUCAGGAUAUUGCCUUCGAUCAAGAGAGGCUGGAAUAUCAUCGCCAAAUCGCGUCUAAACUACAAAAUGCCUACUUCAUUGCAGCGAAAAGUAGGGGUGACUGGUGCGAGAGGGUACCAGUCCACGAACUAAGUUUGGGACACGCACUUGGUAGCAAAGAACCCUGGGUUGGAGGGUUUGAUCUUUCAUCGGUGAUUCGACGUGGACCCAUCCUUCACCCGAAUCUCGACGGAAUGAAGGCAGUAGCAGAUAUUCUACUUGCAAGGGUCCAAAAGGGUGUAUCGUAG